GCUCAGCCCUGUAGUCCUCGCUGUCUGUAUCGAUGAAGUUGUUUCAAAGAUGGCGGAUUUCCUGCCGUCCCGCUCCGUUUUAUCUGUAUGUUUCCCUAACUGUCUCCUCACGAGUGGCGAGGCAGAACAGUUACGGAAAUCUAAAGAGAUAGAUAAAUGUAUUAAUCGAGAUAAGACUUAUGUUAAAAGGCUAGUAAAGAUCCUAUUACUUGGAGCAGGCGAGAGCGGCAAGUCCACUUUCCUCAAGCAGAUGCGCAUUAUCCAUGGGCAGGACUUCGAUCAGAAGGCCAAAGAAGAAUUCAGAGCCACGAUUUUUAGUAAUGUUAUAAAAGGUGUCCGAGUGUUGGUGGAUGCUCGAGAGAAGCUACACAUCCCAUGGGGCAACCCGUCCAACCAGCAGCACGGAGACACCAUGAUGGCCUUUGACACUCGGUCAGCGAUGGCCCACGGUCACGGCAUGGUGGAGGCCAAAGUUUUUCAGCACUACCUGCCGUCCAUCCGCGCCCUGUGGGCCGACCAGGGCAUCCAGAACGCCUACGACCGCCGCAGGGAGUUCCAGCUGGGGGAAUCGGUCAAGUAUUUCCUGGACAAUUUGGAAAAGCUCGGACAGUCGGACUACCUCCCCAGCCAACAGGACAUCCUCCUGGCCAGAAAGCCCACUAAGGGCAUCCACGAGUACGACUUUGAGAUUAAGAACGUGCCCUUCAAGAUGGUGGACGUGGGCGGUCAGCGCUCUGAGAGGCGGCGCUGGUUCGAAUGCUUUGACUCAGUCACGUCCAUCCUCUUCCUGGUCUCCUCCUCUGAAUACGACCAGGUGCUGAUGGAGGACCGGCAGACCAACCGGCUGAGAGAGUCCCUCAACAUUUUUGAGACCAUCGUCAACAACCGGGUUUUCAGCAACGUCUCCAUCAUCCUGUUCCUGAACAAGACGGACCUGCUGGAGGAGAAGGUGAAGCAGGUGUCUAUCAAAGACUACUUCCCGGAGUUCUCGGGCGACCCCACGAGCCUGGUGGACGUCCAGCGCUUCCUGGUGGAGUGCUUCCGCAAGAAGCGCCGCGAGCAGCAGCAGAAGCCGCUGUACCACCACUUCACUACGGCCAUCAACACUGAGAACAUCAGGCUGGUGUUCCGGGAUGUCAAGGACACCAUCCUUCACGACAACCUCAAGCAGCUGAUGCUGCAGUGAGGGGACUGGGCCAGGAGGAGGUGGAGGCAGCAGACGGAAAGUGGGCGUCAAGGGGUGCCCUUUUUCCUUACCCUUCCUGCCACCACCAGCCUGUAAGGGGAGCGGGCAGUGUCACUUUUGAACUUUGACUGUGUAUUAAAGCCACCACUACUACCGCCACCCCCCCUCCACACACACACACACAGACACACACACACACUUGUUCUCUGCCUUACUGAGCUUGUUCACUGUGACUUAUAACAGCUGCCUUUGGCUCAGAGUCCCGAUCACCGUUUGACCCUUUAAACCACUGUAAAUGACCUCUAACCCCCACUCUCUGCGGUGGACCUUCCUGAUAUCUUUUCUGGUAUAUCCUCCCUAUGUGUUGCUCUGAUUCACAUCCACACACUGUCCUUCCUUCUGUGCUGCUCUGACCUCUGUUGAUAGGGAUGGAGAGGGGGGCAGGGCCUUGUUUUUUCUCCUGCUGGCCACACCCCCGGCAGUAUCGGUGGUUCAGCAGCUGUUGCCAGGUGUUGCCUUCGUGGUGCAGAACGUCUUUUGUUUUAUCUUUGGUUUUACACCUGCUUUCCACCGGCGCUUGGUGAUGACAUCGCUGGGCCGAGGCGGAGAUUUCCUCUGAGAGCAGUGGAACCGGACAGAACAGAGCUCACACACACACACACUCAUGCACACAGCCACAUAGACUUGUUUCACUAUCCCCUAACCCUAAUCCUAAUCAAAACCCAAUUCUAACCCUAAAGUCAAGUCUUACCCCUCAAACAGCAGUCUCUGCAUGGGGACCACAAUGGUUUAGACUUCAUGGGGUUAGUGUGCAGUCCCCACCAGAAGCCUAAAGGCACACACGCACACACACACACACACACACACAUAGGAAUUCCUCUUCACUUAAGUCCACUUAAUUCUAGUUUUCUAAUCAUUUUGUUUCUUUUUCUAAUCUAUGAAUAUACUGUAUGUACCUAUGCAUUUUUUCUUUAACUUAUAUUUUAUAGGGGUUUACACUUUGUGGAUUUGUGACUGCUGAUGGACUCUGUUACAGUUAAUUAAGAAGGAGGGGGGGUGGGGGGGGCGCAGGUGAGAGCACAGACACAAACUAACAGACCACUUGUAAAAUAAAGCUGCGUGCUGUCAGGCUAGCUAGUGCAGGUUGUAUUUUGCUUUUUUUUUUUUUUUUCUUCUCAGGGCACAUUGUGAACCACUUCUCUGUGACUUUGAAGUCAAGCAGGACUCUCAUGCCUCUGCCCCUCCACACGUCAAAUAACAGAUUGUAUAGUUUUGUUUGUUUUUUUCCCCUCUGAGUGUGUGUCAGUGGGGGAAAAAAAAAAAAAAAAAGAAACUCCUCGCCCCUCUAAAGCACAACUUUGGCCAUCUUCAACCCGGAGCACGUUCAUCAUCAGGGUCUUCGUGACCCCCAUUUCCCCCCCCUGUUAUUAACGUGAUUUGUAUCUUGCUGUAAAUCUGAGGGAUGACCUCUGACCACAGACCUCUGCAUUUCCACCUGGUAUUAAUAAGUAGUGUCAUGAUCUCAAUUCUUAGCUUAAUUUCUGUUUGAUAACCGAUCAAAUCAUGUGGUUGGCACGUCUGGUAGCAUUCCUAUCGCCAUGAAAACAUAAUCCAGAGGCAGAUCACCAGUGGUAAUUGCAGGGUUACACGGGGUCAUCUAAAAUCUCCUCUGUAAUGAGAGCGUGAACAUGCACUCGUUUGCUUUGGCAGGCUUCAACAGAUUUCUUGUCUGUCAGUCAUGUGAAUGAAGCGUAAAAGCGGUGUGGGGUGUUGCAAACUCAAGCUGAGCAGCGGAGAUCCAGGAGUUCUCAGUGGUACCUGGAUCUUGGAGCAAACCGUGCCACAAGGUGUAGCCUGCAAAAAAAAAAAAAAAACAUCAUGACCUCUAAGCACAAGCAUCACGUAGUUUGACUGUUGGAAUCACUGCGAUCCUGUGACCGUUGUGGCCUCAGUGAAUUCAUUUCUCAUAGGGUGACGAUGAAAGAUGUGGUCAAGGUUGAAAGUGGCCAGAUUUCUACUCACGAUCUCAUCCAAGCCUGUACUGUUUUCUUUCUCUCUCAGUUUGUCUUACCACCUUAAGAAUCUUGUGUUAUACGACUAGCUACCAGGUGACUCAGUCUUUCUUUUGCUGUCGUUUGUUUUUUCCCAAAGGUACCUGUUUAAUUCUGUCCAUCUUUCCCUUCCAUACAUCCUUAACUUAAGAAAGAAAAGGGAUAAAGCCAGCCUGUAUGUUCCUAUGAUCCUUAGCUAUUAGCUGGCUGCUCUCACUGUUGUGUACAGGUCAUGUGUAGUUAACAUUGUUCUCUUAACGUUGUCAUCAUGUAUCUCUCGCACAGACCUCACUGUCGUCUGUUAACAGCUGAUGAAACACUCCACACAGAUUUGUUGUCUAUGACCGCAAGUGUUAUGUUUCUUUGUAGUCGUUGUGGACGUGUGUUUCUUUAAAAUGAAAGCAGGCGUCUGGUGGAUUGUCUCGAGGUGUAUUAGGGAGGUGGUCCCAUCAGUUGGCUUCGUCCAGUGGGUUGGGGACAUGAAUGGGACAUGGAGUCCUGCGGGUAACUGGCUCCACUGGCACAUGCUAGAAGGAAAAUAACCAAGAUGAUAAAAAAAAGCCCCCCCCCCCCCCCCCCCACCACCCCACACACACACUUGAUUGACAGAUAAAGGUCUUAUUGUUUCAACAAAUAGAUCAUAAUCGUCUACAUACAUCAGCAUAGCUACGUUAUCUUACUUUUUAAAGUCCUGUCUUUAUAGUUAUAAUUGCUAAUGGCAGCUAAUCACUGAAAAGACUGAAUAACACCCUGUUUUUCUGAAACACGCCCCAGUUACCCCACCACCACAGACAGCCCCCCUCCCCCUUUCCUCUGACAGGUUGUUGCUGUGGUGUCUUACCCCACUACUUGCUUUUUAGUGGCUGACCUGGCUACUGUGUUUUAACCGUGCUGCUCUGAGUUCAAGAUGGCCGACAGGGACCCUACGUGUUACCUGGGUCUCUGGUUAAGUAACCCAAGAAAAGUGGACUUAGUGUUUUAAAGAACCUAACCAGUGCAGCUGCAACAAUUUAGCCUGGUUACCUUUUAAUGUUUUAUAAAAGAAUUUUUUUUUUUUUUUUUUUAAAUGAACGCAGACACCACGGUCUCAGCAACAGUUCAGGACGUUUUCAGUUGUUUGCGUGUUUGUCGGUUUUCAAGCAGGAAGCAGGAUUUGUAGUCUGUGGGCUAAAACGUGCUAAUUUUUCGAGCCGCAGCUAAUGCAGCGGGCGUCAAAAAGAGCAGGUGCUGUGCUCACACCGCUCGGUGUAGUGACUUCAGCGUGCCACGUGACGCUUCGAUUUCUGUCUACAUCAUCCUCUGCGUGCUCCUGUUUUCUGCUCACAUUUGCAGGAGGAAUCAGUUGGAUACCAGACUCACUGCAGCCUUACGUUAGCCUUGAGUAAAUGAUGGCCUUAACCACUGACAGGAGGGGGGGGGAAAUGGACGUCUGGAGACAGACAAGUCAGAUCCUCUUUGUCCCCACAGAGCUGUAUCAGCGUCCAAGUCCCCCACCCCCCACCCGCCCCGACCCCUGCCCUCUCAGAGACCAACAAGGAGCCUGCUGUCACACGACAUGUGUGCUUUUUCUACCAAAAGCUCAGUGAAUUCCUCAAACUGUGCAGUGUCCGUCAGCAUGAUUCUCCCUCCGUCAGUCUGUCUGCGCUGGGAUGAAGCAGCCUCUGUGUGUGUCCUGUCUUCUGCUGCUCAGACAGCCUAAAGCUAAACAGCCAGCAGAGGCCUCUUUGUUUGGAUUCAGACUGUUGUGUCAUGUCAUCACUGCAGGGCCAGAAGAAAGUCUGUAGUUAUACAAACACACACACAGACACACAAACACGCUCCAUGAAGUCACAGCAGAGCAGGCCCGUGUCCUGUUACAGCCUCUGCUCCGAUCAUCAGAGCUCAGAUGGGCGAGCAGUGAUGUCCCACAUGCUGCUACACACGUCUCUGCUCUUUAACGGAGCGUCUGUGGUCCAACAUGUGUCCUCAGCGUCUGGUCAGGACUCUGAGGAGACACUCACUCGCCCUCCUGCACCUGAUCCAGGACUUUAUGGGGGAAGGGGGGGCGGGGGGGGGGGGGGGGGGGGGGGUGAGUUCUGAGAUUCCUCUGGAUUCUGAACAAAGUCUGUGAAUUUGAUGUUUAAAGUCAGAAUUUAAAAAAUUUAGAUCAAUAUUUCAGAAUUUUUUUUUUUUAAAUUAAAACACGGGUGUUGAUUUGAAACCUUGUGGAGCGGAAAUCUAAAGUCAGAGGAGCUCGAAACAGCGAGCUUCCCGAGCUUUCAGCUGCAUCUCACUUGGCCUGGAUCGGAUCGUGAAUGGAGCUUUGUCAUUGCCCCGCUCAGUCCUGACAGCAGAGACCAUGCUUGGACAGAGACCUCCUGCUGUCCCUAAGUCCAGAGUAACACGUGAGGUGUUUGCUAGCUGAGUGUUCAUGAUGAUGAUUUUCCGUCUCCACACAUUCUCAGAUAAAACUGACUUGAAGGAAAAGGGAGAAUCUCAGAACUUUUUUUUUUUUUUUUUUUUGCCUCUGACUCCGACGAGGCAUUUUGUUCGAAGCAUACCGACGCCCAAAGCGUCCACACCGAGCUAAACCUCUGCCUUAAACCCUCAGCUCAAGAUCUCAGACGAGUUUGUCGACCUCAGUGCUCAGGAGUCGUGUGCGUUCUCUGUUGGAUUGCGGUCCAACGUGUGGCUCUGUGAAGGGCGAUGGCCACCGUGUUUCUGCAUCUGAGUCAUGUUCGCCACCUUGUAGCGUCCCACGCAGAUCUGUCAUCAGGCCCUGAGGUGGAAGUGGCUUCAGGAGCGUUGGUGUUUCGUGCUGUCGCACCACAGGACGUGGUCAGAAUCGGUUUGGUCUGAGCCAGGAGGCCUCGAGGUUUGAUGUCGUCACAGCUGCCUUUGACUUUGCCUUCUGACGUCUCCCGUGAUUCGGGUUUCGUAAACCGCAUCCUGUCGUAUUCUGUGAAUCCUGACGUCAGUGUCGUGACUGCAACAGUAUGAAUCAGAUAUUUUGAUUUAGAGAAAAGCCUUUUUUUUUUUUUUCCGUUUGUUUGUUUUUGUUUAUUAAAAAAAAGUGUUUGGUUGUAAAUACCUGUGAGAGGAAACCAGUGUCACCUUCCAUAGUCCCAACUAUGCAACAAGCACUGCUCCACCUGCCAUGACUCGGUGUUUAUGUCCUGUUCAGAAUAAUCAUGAUCUCACUGACUGAUGAUUCUCUUAAUGCCAGUGUUUUAUUGAAACGUGUCUGUAAUCACAUCAGGACAACAAAAAAAAAAAAAAAAGAAAUCUGCCAAUGAUCU